AUGGAUGUUAUACAGGUGCAGACAGAUCAAAACUAUGGAUUGGGUCAUGUAUUUCUGAGAAUACAGCAGAAACAUGAUCAUGGCAACCAUACAAAUCCUGAUGGGUUAAGGCAAAAGUUUUAUCAGAUGCUUUUAUCAGAUAUUUUUCCUAGAGCAAAUGAUUUGCAGAAUGCAUUUACAUCAGCUUACAAUGGGAAAGAUAUCAGAGCACUAGGAAAACCCCACUUUGAUUAUAGGCAAAAUUGCAAAGAAGAUGGGUUUAUUCCUCAACCUGAGGGAAUAAAUUUCCUGCUUGAUAAAGUAAUCAAUUCUAUGCUAAAAGCACCAUGGAUGUACCUUUAUGAUAGGCUAUGUUCUCAAACACCAAUUAGAUCCAAUCCUAUUGAGAGUACUUGUAGUCAUGCACAAGUCAUUUUGUUUGUAAAGAAUGUUAUUAGUGCAUUAAUUCCAGAUGAACUAUGGGGUGGGAUGCACAACAAAACUGUAAUCAUGGAAACAAUUGAGCAGUUUAUUGGUCUCUCUGAUGGGACUAAACUGCUCUUCCAUGAAAUUAUGAAAAAAAUUAAGACCCAUUUAUGGCUUAAAAGUAUAUUGGAAUGUGAUCCUGCACAAAAAAGGCAACUGCAUUCAGAAUUUAUCUGGUGGAUACUAGAUCAACUUUUUUGUAGUUUGCUGAGAACAAAUUUUUAUAUAAUGAGUGCAGGGAAGUUUGGGACAGGGUCCAUAUUUUUCAGACAAGGCAUUCUUAAGGAAGCACCCUGGGUUGGUAUUGCCGAAAAAUAUGAGCUUUGUCUGGUCAAUCCAGAAGAGACAACUUUAUACACAGAAGCAAAAUUGGGUAUCAAGAGUACAGGAUUUUGCCCUGUUGCUCUUUUAAACAGACAACAGCACUAUGUUGGUACAUCUGUGAACAAAGAGCCUGUAAACUCUAUACUGAAACCAAUUCAGUCAAUAUUGUCUCUAGAGAAUGAUAUGGUGAAUGACAAUGGACUGUACCAUGAGUUACAGGGGGCUUUAGAAGAAUAUAUUAUCACACACAGAUGGCAGGAUAGUUCAAAACCAUUAUGGUUUGCAAAAACUGACAUUAGCUCUUGUUUUGAAAAUAUGAAACAAGAUAAGCUACUACAGGUAGUAAAAGAGCAAACUUCACAGUGUAAAGAAUAUAAUGUUUGUUCACUUGUAGCUGUGCAUUAUGCUGGUGAUAAAGUUUUUACAACUUCAAAAAUGGUUGCAUCACCAUCAGAUGAAUCUGUUCAUGAGAUGAUUGCCAAUCUCAAACCCAGAAAAAAUGAGAAGGCACUUUUAAUUAAAAAAGUAGAUACAUUAUCUCAAGAACAGGUUAUGAAAACCAUUGAGCAGUUGGUAACAGAAACCACUUUUAAGAUUAAUGGUAGUUACUACAAAUAUAAAAGGGGGAUUCCUCGAGGAGCAUUAAUAUCUGAUGCAGUUUACAGACAAGUCUUUAAUAGUUUGGUAAAAGAAGAGUUGGAGUUUGUACAAUCAAAAGACUGUGUCUUUCAAAACUGUGUUGAUGACAUGCUCAUAAUUUCCCAUGAUGAUGGUUUGGUGGAAAAAUUUGUAAACAGAAUGGAAAAGGGAUUUCCUAAUUAUGGUUGGUCCAUCAAUAAGAUGAAAUCCAAGAUCCAUUUACCAAAAUCUCCUAUCCUUGAAAAUG